AUGGAGAACAGCUUGAAAUUGGUAGUUGUUGGUGAUAGCAAAGUCGGAAAGAGUUGUCUUUUGAUUGCCUCCACCACAAAUUCAUUUCCCGAAGAUUAUGCUCCAACAGUUUUUGAUAGUGUUAAUGUGAUAUAUGGAAAUAGAAAUUAUAAUGUUGGAUUGUGGGAUACUGAUUAUGAUAGAUUGAGAGCUCUUUCAUAUCUGAGAACUGAUGUCUUCUUUGUUUGUUUUUCAAUGGUCGAUCGUAUUUCCUUUGAGAAUGUCGAAUCAAAAUGGAUUCCAGAAUUGAUUCAUCACUGUCCUGAUAUUCCAAUCAUUUUGGUUGGGUGUAAGAGUGACCUUGUCUCAAAUGCUGAUUGUGACUCAAUAGUCACUAAGGAAAUGAUUGAGCAAAAGUUACAGAAUUCACUUGCUUCACUAUGCAUUAUUACAAGCUCUAGAGCCAUGUACAAUAUUGAUAAACUCUUCAAAUUGGCAAUUUCAGAAACAAUUUACGUGUCCAAAUCUUCAAAAAAAGGAAGAAAGAAGGUAGUGAUUGGAAACCCUGAAGAUAUUGAACCAACUCCUCCUAUAGUGCCUCCAGCUAGAAAAGCUCCUAGGAUUUAUGUGGAAAGCUCAAAUUAUGGCAAGGGUUUUAAAAACCUUUUGGAUAGUGAUUUUUGCUGUGAUACCAAGUUUGUAAUUUACAAUUCCAAGAAGGACAUUGAUGUGGAAAUUAAGGCCCAUUCAUUGGUGUUGGCUUGUGUUCCCUCCAAAGUUAUUGGAAAAUUAUUCGAUGAAGUAUUGGUUUCUAGAGAUGCUGGAAUGAAUAGCUAUUCACAUGAAGCAUUUGAAAAGUUGAGUGCCAAAAUUAAUGGAGGUAGAGUGAGUGGUUUCUCAUCUGUCUCUAUUGAUGAGAAUGAGCCAAAUAUAUUGAAAUUCAGACUCUCCAACACUAUUCAUCAUAGGGCUUUCAAAUCCCUAUUAGAAAUUCAAUAUUAUGGAGGAUCGGAAACAAUGCGGAAAAGGUGUAAAAAAGAUCAAUUUCUCAAUAAGGUCAAGACUGCAUCUACCAUCCUUGAAUGUGAAUACACUAACAAUAUAGUCAGUAAUUACCAGAUAGUAGAGGAAGAUGUGUUCAAUGAAAGCAUUGAAACAUAUCUUAAUGAUUUAUUGGGUAGUGAAAUUAAGAAAAAGUACUUUGAUAAGAAAACUCACUCCGAUGUCGAAAUUGUCUUUUCCACAACUGAUUCUUCCAAGAAUUUCCAUGGACACAAGCUAUUCCUCUCUGCUAAUUGUGAUGUAUUCAGAACAAUGUUUGAAGCUAAUUUCGUAGAGCACUCAUCAAGGCAAGUAGAUUUGAGUGGUGAAAUUGGUGAGAACGAGAAUAGAAUAAGUGAAUUCCAUGCCCUAUUCGAAUAUCUAUACUCUGCUCACUCUACCAUCAAUGAAAGAAAUGCUGUUGGAUUGUUGAGUUUGGCCAACGAAUAUGGCAAUCUCAUUGUGUGA